AUGAAUUUGAGUUCUGAAGGUACACAACCUAAGAUGUGCAAUGGUUGGUAUGUCGAUAAAAGUGGCAAAAGACAUAUGCAAUUAAUGAUAUUUCCUGGUAAUUAUCUGAUCGAAAAAUUAAGAGGUCAACCUAAAG